UUACCUGACCAAACGUCCGAAGUCCUCCGAUCGUUUUCUCUUCGCAAAGGAUGGCAGCGUCUACCCAAACACCAAGGCGUUCCUUCCCUGAGAGCGCUGAGGGGAGUAUGUCUCUGUUGCAAGGUGCCAAAGGAGCAGCGAGCGCCUAUAGGUCUUUGUGGAAAGUGCACCGGACGAAGAGAGAGCGCACGCGUUGCAGACGUCUCGCCCCUCUCGCCCCCUUCCAAAUUCACGCCUUGGGCUUGGGCUUCGGCAUUCCCAUACGCAUAGGGCGGUCCCUGCACAAGAGCUCUGUACAUGUACACAUACUGUACAUAAAACGACGCCCACACUGGAAGCUCCCGUCGUUCGCAAACCCAUAUCGCAACAAUGGCCGGCGAGCAAAACGGCUUUCUGGACAUUCUGGCAGCAGUUGCAGACCACGAGCGACCCCUGGAAACAACCUCGCCAAUAGACGCACAGCUCGCUGCCUCCAGGAACCAGAAACCCCCACCAACUUCCUCGACAACCGCUCCCCCAGAACAGGAUGCCGACGACGACGACGACGAGAUGUCUAUGUUUGCAGCGCUGCCACCAGAACUCCCCCCCAUGCCUAUCCCCCAACAUCAGCAGAGCCUCGUAGACCUUUCUCACGACGAUGAUCUGGCUGCCAUUUUCGCAGAGAUUCCGUAUACAAUGCCUCAACAACCUCAGUCAGGGGAUAGUUUGAUGAUAAGCGCCCCUCCUGGCUUACAGCUGCAGGUGCCGACGAACCAGCCCUUUCUGACGGACUAUUUAGCUAUGAGUCCGAGUCCGCUGACAGGCCUGAACCCGCCCACGGAACCCACCACCACCUCCGGGUCAGGGACUGUGUCAUCCUUUGCUAUGUCCACGCCCUUUCAUCAGAGCUCGUUGAGUUCGGCCAACCCGCCGAUGAAUCUAGCCUUUGCGAAUAUGCCGUUUGAUUUGAGCAAUAUAGGGCAGGUUAGCCCAGCGAUACCCCCAUUCAAACAGCAGCCGCAGCCACCAUUAUCACAGCAGCCGCAGUCGCAGCCACAACAACAGCCAGCGGCGAAGCCUGCAUCAUUUUAUUCUCCACUGCCGGGUACACCCGCUGCUACCAAAACAUCACUCUCCUCAACAUCAAAUGCACAACGGCAAACGAAUCCGGUUAUUGGGCCAGAUGUGUUCCAAAAGCUCAUGGCCACCGUCCCACAAUCCAUGCAUGGGGAGUUGCUGCAGAUCUACAACGGUGUCAUGCAAAAGAAGAUAACAGCGGACGAAUUCUGGACGUUGGUUCGCAAAUGGCCCUCGGUGAAGAAUAUGCAGUUUCCAAUGGCACCAGCGACCGUUCAGCCUCUACAAAGCAAAGCGGGACCGGGCUCCACUCUGGGAACGCCUCAGGCAGAUUUCAAAAAGCGCCAAGCGGCUGCACAGCAAAUAGCUCAAGCGCAGACGAUGGGGAAAUCUGCAUCAGGGACAACCCGCGGCGAAAAGAAGGCCGGGAAACCGCUAACCAAAGCAGCGCAACAGAAACAACAGAAAGCAGCCGCAGCAAAUGCGUUGCAACAGCAGUAUCAACAGCUACAACAGCAGGCCUCGCAGGGCUCAGCGUCCAAUACAACAUCAGCUCUACCGUCUGGCGAAAACACACCAAAGGUUUCUGAUGUGGGCGGCGCGUCGAGUCGUGCGACACCGGAAAUCAACGACAAAAUCAACGACAAAGUGAACGUGACGGAUAUGAUGGACGUCACUACAUAUACCGGUCUGAAUCUGAAGGAAGAAGAAGACCACAUGGCAAACUCCCUUAUACCCGGCCCAUCUGCUCAGCAAGCGAGAGGGCAGAUAGGGAAUAGAGCAAAAGACCAAAGCUUCCUGAACUUGGCUGCGUUGCGGAAGAAGCUCGGUGUUUUGUGUACCGAAGCCUCAAUAACGAGCUUCGACCAAGACCUCCCCGCCUACAUCGCCCUCGCCGCCGAAGAACGCAUGCGCGACCUCCUCCAGCGCAUGGUCCACGCCGCCAAACACCGCACCGGCGUCCUACACGAGCAGUUCAUGCGCAACGAACGUUCCAAAGCCACCCUCUUCAAUAACAAACCAUCAGCACUCUCCUCACUGUCAUCCAACCAACAUAAUCUGUACCACCACCCAUCCCUCGACCUCAGCGUCGUGAUCCCCGGCGGCGUACACCCGCGUAGAGUGCUGGCAGGGAUCGAAAAGAAGGAACGUGCCGGUGAAGCCAAACUGAAAGCCGAGCGCGCCGCCGCGCUCGCCAAGGAGGCUGCCGCGGCCGGCGGAGACGGGGCCGAGGAUGGAGGCGGCGGGGAGGACGGAGCGGAUGGGAAUCCCACCGGCGACGUAGAAGGACCCGGGACCGGCCGCAAGAAACGCAAAACGGCUACGGCGAGGGAUAAAGACAUGCCGGACCAUAUCCGGCUCAACCUCGCCAACGCGGCUGUCGCGAACGCCAUUGGGGGCGCGGGGAUGAAGAGCUGGAUGAUUGCUGGUGGCGGUACGGGUGCCGCAACACCCGCGCGUGGGGCAUUGGAUUCCACGUCCGCGACGCCAGGAACAUUUAAAAUCCUCCCCACAUCCCGGAAGCGCAAAUCUAUGCUCAACCCCGACACGCCGUUACCCAACUCCCACCUGUCGACAUCCACCCGACUCCCCGGCUCGUCGCUCGCUCGUCGGGCGGGUACGACCGGAGCAGCGCAGGAGGGGAGGAAAUUGGGGAGUCCCGCCGCGGGAUUGGCGGCGGAGGCGAGGAAGAUUAGUUUGAGGGAUGCGCUUUUUUGUUUGGAGGGGGAGGGGCCGGUGGGAAGUGGGGGUGGGGCGGGGAGGGUUGCGUUUAGGUGGUGGCCGGUUGUGUCGUAGUGGGAAGUAGGCCUGGGUUUUGUUAACGGCUUCAUCUUAGGUUGCCACUGUUUCUGGGGUUAGCCGCCCACCCAUGAUGUACAUAGAUGUCCGCAUCGAUUUUUGAAUAGAUGCUGGCGGGCGAGAUACUGUAUAACCGUCCACGUGGACUGCUGUGUCAAGAACGGCGCCUUGCCCAUGGUACGCUUUUAUGGUUUGAAUCAUAUAUAUGAAAGAAAUCCAAGCAGUGUGUAUGAUAUAUGUAGAAGAGCUAAAGCAAUGGGGAGAGGCAGGAGAGAAUACAGCCGGGUGGGGGCAUCUGACAAACCCUGGACAGUUUGCCGCUUACCCCUAUGUACAGUACAUCCCUAGUAACUAAUCACAUAGAUACAACC